UGGAUAUUAAAAACCACAAAUAUCAAAGCAGCAAAUAUGAAGGGAUGAGUGUACAUCCAAACAGUGUCCCUUGGUGGAAAUUUUAGGGGGGAUUUAUUCAAGCCGCCUGACACUUACCCUUCUUGGAAUCUGUUUUGCCUUUUCCAGGCCAACUAUGUUUUCCCCUUCUCCAUUCUUUUCCCCCCACAGGGAGAUAGCCGCCUUGGAGGAGAAGCUCCAGUCCUCAGAGGAGAAGACCCAGCAGCUCCUGAGCCUCAUCCAGGAGAAGGACCACCUGAUCAGCCAGCUCUGCCACCGGAGCCACUUGCUGAGCAAGAUCUGCCGCAGCCACCCGGUGCUGGACAACCUCCUGGCCUACAUGGCUGAAGGGGAACGACUGAACCCCAUCCUUGGAGGACGCAGCUCUCCCGAACUCGGACCCUCGUUGGAGAUGAACUGCCUCCUGAGCCUUGACUUGGAUGGCACCAACGACUUCUCCCUCGGGGUGGAAGAGGAGGAGGAUGAAGACCACAACUCUGAGCAGACUUUGUUCGGCACUACAGUGUGAACAUGGGGCACGAGCCCUUUCCUCAGCCCCAGACACGUUGGGGGCUCUUUGAAGAGAAGGGAUUUGCAGUUUACUUGAACCAUUGUGGUGGAAUUUGAACCCACCAACUUCGGGCACACCAGCCAAACUCGCUGGCUGACCGUAAAGCAUCCCAUUUGGCCCCCAAAUAAUCAAACCUCAGCUGCCACGACAAACCAGCCUGCCCAGCAGCCUCAUUUAUGCCAUAUUUGGCAGGCUGUGGUACAAUCUGGAAGGACUAGCUUUGGGAGCUGUGGACUUCCUGACAGUAAGAGCCGUUUGGCAGUGGAAGACGGAGGGUGGUGGAGUCUCCCUCUUUGGAGGUUCUUAAGCAGAGGCUGGAUGCCCACCUGUCACAACAAAGGCUUUGAUUGCAUGACCCUGCAUGGCAAAAUGGUUUUGGAGUGGAGGUCCCUUCCAACUGUUGGAUUCUAUGUAUUCCUGCUUGGCAUAAUGGGGUUGGACUGGGUGGCCCCUGGCGGUCCCUUCCAACUUAAGGAUUCUAUAAUUUGGGAGUUGUGCUCCCUCCAAGUAACUUCUCCUCAUUGGAGGAACAUAGGGGGAGGUCUCUUUCAUAUAUAUAUUUUAUCCAUGUGCCCUCUUAGCAAUGAUUCCACAGGGUUGGAACAUCAUUUUUGGUGCAUUGCUGGCUUGUCUUUCUUGGUGCCCACGCGCCCAUCAAGCCAGGUAGUUUCCACAUGUCUUUGGCCACAGGAUGUAUCGGAGACACUUGUUUCCUCCUUCAGAGACAGCCUUUGAAAUGUCUCAGGUGGAAGAGGGGAUUCCUACACACCAGCAACACCAUUUUAAAGGGAAUACUACCAGAGUCAAAUGUUGAACCCUGGACUGUCACUUCAGUUCCACUGAUUUGGUGGGAUCACCUUUCAUUCCUCAUGUCUUUAGGAACCCAUUUCAAUUGCUCCCUCCAUCUUCUCAGCUCCUCCCCUGACAUUCUUACCAUGGAGUCAGUUGGCUUCCAGAAUACAGUGGUCCCUUGGUAUCUGCUGGGUUUUGGUUCCAGGAGCCCCGGUGGAUAACAAAAUUUGUAGAUGCUGAAAUCCCAUUAUAUACAAUGGAUAUUUUUUAUUACUACUACUAUUACU